AUGAGUGAUAAAACCGACACUCAUACACUCGGUGACUAUCUGGCAGAGAUAGGAGAUUAUGAACGUGCACAAUACUACUAUGAUGAACCAAUUGAACAAGAUUUGAAUGAACACGAAAAGGGUGUUAUGUUUAACAAUUUAGGAUGGCUUCAUGAACAUAAAGCGUCUUAUACUCUUGCUUUAGAAAAUUAUAAACAAUCGUUGAAAAUCCAGCACGAACAGAAAAAAGAGUAUCCUUUGGACUACGCAGCAACACUCAAUAACAUGGGUAUGGUGUAUUAUGCGAAACAUGAUCCUGAAACAGCUUUGAACUAUUUCCGACAGUCGCUAAGUGAAAAGCGACGCAUGGCAGAGCCGCCGCACGAUUCUAUUGGUAUCACUUUAAACAAUAUUGGACUUACUUACCAGUGGAUGGGUGAUUUCGAAAAAGCAUUGAAGAACUACACUGAAGCCUUAAAGUCACAGAAAGAAAAACUUCCAGAAAAUCAUCCAUCUCUGACUACAACAUAUAGUAAUAUUGGUACAACUUUCUAUCAACUGGGAAAAACUGACGAGGCACUUGAAGCCUACGACAAUGCCCUGCAAAUAUGUAACAACAUUUUGUUUCCUGAUCACCCGUGUAUUGCUCGAAUUAACGUUCAAAUUGGGAGAGUUUUCGAAACCAUAGGGCAUGAAUACAUACCAGCUAUCAGCCACUAUAAACAAGCGCUUGAUAUACAACUAGCGCGUCUUCCAAAAGAUCAUCCAGAUAUUGCUGCUACUUAUGUUCGUUUGGGUUCUGUUGCCUGUUUGCGGGGAAAUUACCAAUCUGCCAUCGAGAACUACACUCUUGCUUUAGAUAUCUAUUCCAGUAAUCUUAUUCAGAACUACCCCAAUUCUGCAGUCGCAUACAACGACAUGGGACUUGUUCACGAAAACGAAGGAAAUUAUGCGCAAGCUCUGGAAGCUUAUAAGAAAGCAAAGGAUUCUUUCUUAAAAACUUAUCCGUCAACACAUCAUAUGUUGAGAACUGUUUACGAAAAUCUUGGAAGAGUAGAAAAUGUAAAUGAUCCCAACUUCAGAUGCUACAAUGGUGCUGGUGGAAAUGCCCCAAAUACUUACUCUGUCGAAGCCGGCAAACAAAUCACCUUCCAUGCCGAUAGCGACCUUUACCAUAUAGGAGUACUCAACGUCUAUAUGGCUAAAGCACCAGGCAAAGCCAUCGACUUUGAUGGCGCCGGUCAAGUAUGGUUCAAAAUCUAUGAAAUCACCGCCCAUGCCGAUCCAACCGGAAAGAAUGGUCCAACGUAUCCCGCUACUGCGUUGACCAGCGUCACUUUCACCAUCCCAAAAAAUGUUCCGACCGGAGAGUAUCUCGUGCGUAUCGAACACAUUGCUCUUCACAAUGCUCAGCAACAUGGUGGUGCUCAAUUUUAUAUCGCCUGUGCACAAAUAGCAGUAAUAAACGGUGGAAAUGGUACUCCAGGUCCUUUGGUUUCGAUUCCAGGAGUGUAUACUGGCCAUGAACCUGGCAUCAUCUUCAAUCCAUAUUGGCCCAUACCAACUAGCUACACACAACCUGGACCAACAAUUUCAGCUGAUACAAUGAUGCGAUCAAAUGUUUGGAUGAUAGAUAAGCUGGAAUAUUAUUUGACCAAAGAUUUAGAAGCAACAAGUGAAGAAAUUGAUUAUCUCAAACGUUUAUGUACUCUGAAAACAAACACUAGAUCAGAUCCAAGAAAACGUCUAGGUGCACGUUUACCAUCUAUUAUUAUCGAUGAUUUUCUCUAUCAUGGAGAUCUAGGUCAUGCACGAAAUAUGAAUUUAUUGAAUGAAUUAGCUAUUAAGCAUAUUAUUAGUGUUUGCGAUAUUCAACUAGAUAAAGAAAUUAUUGAUAAUUUUAAUGUUUUAUGGAUCAAUAUUGACGAUACACUUUCUGUAGAUAUUCGAAAACAUUUCGAUCGAACAAAUCAAUUUUUACUCAAUUGCAAGGAGAAAGGUGAGAAAGUAUUAGUUCAUUGUCAAAUGGGUAUAUCUCGUUCGUCUUCAAUUGUUCUUGCAUAUUUAAUCAAGUUUCAUCAUGAGAAUCUAGUUGAUGCUUACGAUCAUUUACUUAAUCGUCGUCAUAUUGCUGCGCCGAAUUUCGGCUUUUUUCUUCAACUGAUUCGAUAUGAAAAGGCUCUCAACAGUGACAAGACAGACAACAAAGAUUCUAUUCCAAUAAAAUCUCCUCAGACUCUUCUAAUUUCGCCUGCUACUGCAUCGAAUGGACCAGAGAACAAUGAAGGAAAUAGUUGA